UUAAUUUCUUCUAAUUUCUCUGAUUUCUUUCUUUUUCCACAAAAAAAAAAGAAUUAAUUAACUCUCUCUUUCUCUCUCUAAUUUCAUACAUAAAUUUAGUGAAAUACUCUCAAUCUUUGCUUUGCCCUUCUUUCUCUCUCCUGACUGUGCACUUCAGAUAAGGUGUUGUGAGACUGUUAUCUUUAUGCGUAUUGCUAGUCUAUAAUCAAUAACCCUGCUCGGAGCCCCUCACCUCUGCAAUAGUGGUUGUAGGAGCUCUAAAGAGUCAGGAGAAAGCUAUAUAUCAAAGCAACUUGUCAAAUUAAUUUGCGUCUAUGGCUACAAAUGAAAAUCUUCCACCAAAUGUUAUUAAGCAGCUUGCAAAAGAGUUAAAAAAUCUCGACGAAACACCUCCAGAAGGAAUCAAAGUGGGCGUUAAUGAUGAUGAUUUCACAACCAUAUUUGCUGAUAUAGAUGGCCCAGCUGGGACUCCAUAUGAAUAUGGUGUCUUCCGCAUGAAAUUGAUAUUGUCCAGCGACUUCCCCCAUUCCCCUCCCAAAGGUUAUUUCCUUACUAAGAUUUUCCAUCCAAACAUUGCAAAUAAUGGUGAAAUUUGUGUUAACACUUUGAAAAAGGAUUGGAACCCAACUCUAGGAUUGCGGCACGUGCUUUUGGUUAUAAGAUGUUUACUCAUAGAGCCUUUCCCGGAAUCUGCUUUAAAUGAGCAAGCCGGCAAGAUGCUACUUGAUAACUAUGAAGAGUAUGCAAGGCUUGCUAGACUGUACACAGGAAUCCAUGCUAAGCCAAAAUCUAAGGUAAAGCAAGGAGCUAUUUCUGAGUCAACCACAGCUCUGAAUGUCGAUCAGAGAAACAACACCGCAACUCAAAACGCUGAUCAGAAGAGCACAUUAGCAAGUACCGGGGCUGCAUCACCAUCCCCUCUCGCUCCAUCAACGGCUGGCAGCAAAGCGACGAGCCUUCAAGAUCAGCCUGUGGGGCCUGUUGCUUCUGCUCCGCCAUCAAAUGAGAGCGGAGUUGUCGGGUCUUCUACUACACCAGCAGCAGUAGUCGCACCACCUAUAGCACAAAAGAAGGACGGUGUAUUGAAAGCUCAGGCAGAAAAAAAGAAGAUUGAUGCGAGAAAGAAGAGUUUGAAGAGAUUAUGAUCACACUUGUGAUGGGGGGACUCAUGUUCGUGUGGUCUAGUUCGUUUUCGCCUUCCCCUUUUAGCCCUCUUUCAUACGGUUGUCACUUUCAGUCACCAUAGACAAGUUGCUUUGACCUCACUGUAAUGAAUAUGUAUUUUCCUAUUUCAAAAGUUUCUCUGUCAA